AUGUCCUCCCAUACUAAAUUCGGCCCCUCACGGCCAUUCAACGGAGCCAAGAUCACUGGCUCUCUUCAUAUAACCAUCCAAACUGCUGUUUUGAUUGAAACUUUAACUACCUUAAGUGCUGAGGAGUAUUGGUGGUGCACUGAGGGAGCUCUUGAUUGGGGGCUAGGUGGUGGUCCUGAUUUGAUCAUUGAUGAUGGUGGCGAUGCUAAUCUCUUGAUUCACGAGGGUGUGAAGGUUGAGUAG